AUGAGUAGCACAGAUGGGCCGAUCUUCGCCAAAUUCUUGUCAAUCCUCGCACUAGGUUCUGUUCCUAGAGAGCUCCGAAAACCACUGGAACUGGCGUCAACCCGCAAGUCCGACGCCACCCUCGAGACUCCCAAGCCCAGGCCCACUUGGAUCAAGCCCUCGAAGGCGACACCGAGCAUCGCCGCGAUGCAGACCCAACUCGAGGUUGGCCGGGCUGCUCGCCACCCCAGAGUCAUCAUAGCCCCUCCUCGUCUCAAUCUUCGAAGAGCAGGCUCAUAUCAACACGAAAAGGGACCCCUCUCAUCAACUUCUUCCCGCUUCAACUUCAACCACCUUUUCUUCUCCCCCACCUUCCCCGAGCCUUCCCGCCCUCGUCCCCCGGCCAAAAAGUCUCCCACGCGGCCCCGACCCAGCCGUGUGCUCAGGAUCCUGGCCUGGCUACUGAGUACCGUUUUUGUCUUCUAUGUCGCUGCGCAUGCCAUCCGGAAACAUGUGGAGCUCGCGGGCGUCAAACUAACCUACUUGGACCGGAAUACCGGCGAGGAUGAAGUGGAGAUGGUGAGCCGCCAGGCCUUGCCAGACUUCCCAACACCCGUCAUAACCGAGGAUAAAUGGGGGCGAUCGAAGUGGACCGUCUCUAUACCGAAGAAGCACCCGUUUCCUCUCUCCGUGAGCGAGUACUCCGAGAUGUCGAGGGCCUGUAAGGACGUUCAAGCCACUGUGCGCAGCCAACGUGAAUGGACCGGCACGAAACAACAACCCUUCUCCACCAUGCACGGCAAAUCAGACUCACACUACGUCGAUGUGCGCGAAGCCGCCAAAUCCGGCCUACUCCCCAACCUCCACAGCGAGCGGGAAGCCGAAUCGGAAGGAAGGCAAACUCCGCAAUUCGGGAGCUUUGUAGGAGUGAACAAGGACUCGUACAUGUCGGAGUGCGAUAAGAGCUUGACAGUGGUUCUAGAGACGGACGAGGCCGGUAUCGGGCAUACCCUCAUGAUGCUAUGGACCUUUUACGGGCUCGCAAAGGAGCAAGGCCGCUCCUUUUUGUCGAGGAUAGCAGAUGGACUCGUGUCCGCCGCCACCGCCAAGGACGUCUUGGUGGACUCUUUGAGCACCCGAAAAGCGAACGGCGCCGCCGCCGCAGACGACGACGACGACUACACCAGGAAGAUCCUGUACGAUUUCGCCCGCCGGGGCUACGAGGCCCUCUUCCACCUGGCCAACGGCGACGUAGAGUACAUUGACGGCCGCGUCCAAUCUCUGACCGCCCAAGCCGCGAAAUCCAAAUUGCCCAUCGCCGGCAUGCACAUCCGUCGAGGCGACUGCCACCCUCUCGAGUUUCCCUACCGCGACUCGUACAUCCCCAACGAAGUGUACGCCGACGCCGCGCGCACCGCCCUGAAGAAGAAGCUCCCCGAGGCCAACACGCUUCCUCUCCUCGUCGUCGCCUCGGACGACCCCAUGGUCCACGGCUCGCCCGAGCUCGUGGGCGCCCACCACGCGCAGGACCGCAUCAAGCUAGCGAGCAAAGAAACCCUCGAUAAAUCCGGCGCCACCGGGUCCCGCGACCGCUCCAUCAUGCACCGGUUCAAGGACGAGACCUUUGGCUGGGAGGGUGGCUUCUUCUCCACCAUGUUUUGGAAUCUCGGCAUGCCCAAGGGCCAGGCUGGCAACCACGAAACGCGCGUAUCGACCGAGACCGUCGCCCUCCGCACUUUUCUCGCCAGAGCCUAUCUCUUGGACCUUUCAGUGCUCGCUCGGGCCGGCGACGCUGUCGUCUGUAGCGUUGGGAGCAUGGGUUGCCGGAUCUUGGGCGUCAUGAUGGGCUGGCGCGAGGUUUCGGACGGUGGUAGGUGGUUGAAUAUUGAUGGUGAGCACAAGUGGAUGGGCUUGACUUGGUGA